UGCAUUGCUGUCAGAUGCCUACUUCAUGAUAGGACCCCUCUUCAGCCUACCUUGCUAAAUACUGUGCCAGCCCCAGGAGGCGAAUGUGCAUCAAUGUCAUGCGGCGAAACGCCGCGGUCUAGAUCGCUGGGCGUGUUGUUGGCUCAUCUACCUGAUUAUGGCUUGAUCAUUUGCAAAUCCUGCAAAUUUGCCAUACAGCCGAAAGCUCUUUCUAGCCAUCUUCUCCGGCAUCACAUCUACAGGGAUAAGCGUCAAAACAUACUUGACCGAGUAGCAGAACUGACUCUGCUGGAACCGGAUCAAGUGUCGCUACCGACAACCAAACUUUCGGCCUUUCCUCAUCUCCCGGUAGCCUUAGGAUUUCGGUGCCAGUUUCAGCUAUGCAGCCACUUGUGCAUCUCCCAAAAGCGUAUGAGCCAGCAUCUCCGUGAAAAUCAUGGCUGCGUCAAUGUCACAGACGUCGAUGGCUAUGCCGAACGUGCGUAUCUCCAAACCUUCUUCAAAGGAAACAAAACCCGCUAUUUCGAAGUCAAAGCCAAGGACGAGAAGGCUUCAUCUGGCUCGCCACAAGAACCGCCCCAAUACCGGUUUGUUGAGACAUCGCAACGAGACGGAGACGGAGGCUUAUCCCCAAAACCACUGAAUGAUUCUACACCACACGCAGUAGAUGUAGCUCCUGCAACCCACCUCCCAAUGGCGGACUUGCUCUACCUACAUCAUUACACUACGGUCACUGGAUUAUCACUCACCCGGGGUGCCGAACCUACUAAUCUGUGGACACACGAUCUUCCUCUGCAAGCUUUGGCCCAACCCUUUCUAAUGCAUGCAAUCUUAGGGGUGGGAGCCUUUCACCAAGCACUCCUGACAUCUAAUGCGAUCGAACGCCGUCGGCACCAGUCUGCAGGCUUGCUGCAUCAGACAGCUGGGCUAGCCACUUUCCGAAGCAUGGUCGGCCAUCCUACGCAGGAGACAAGCACUGCAUUCACUGCAUUUUCCCGACUAUUAGGAGUUCAGAGUUGUGUGCAAGCUCUUCUCGAAUCCGAGGAUUCCGCUUCACAGGCCGUGACUAAUCUCGGAACAUCCAGAAUCUCAAAGAUCCUGGAGUUCUUCUUGCUCUUGCGCGGCGGCCUCCAAAUACUUUUGAGCAUGCAGGAUCUGCUACCAGCGGGAUCAGGUUUGAUCUUGUCGGCUGAGAUCCUGGAAGGACUUGACGAUCUCGAAUCCCCUCCAGCAGCGCUCGAUGACUCAGCGCCGUAUCUUGCUAAUGAGUUAUGUACUCGGCUGGUGUCUUCUGAUGUGUCCUCAUCGCCUGAUGAAUGGCCCCUCCGAAUGAAAAGCUUGACUGGCGUGCGACAACUCAUGAAUUUAUGUGUUGCCGUUUCUACCAGCAAGAAUACAGACCCAAUCACCGACAGCUGGAUCACAGCUACCGUCCCAGACUUGACCCGGACCACAGACGACAUCCAGCACGUGACCCGAACGCUUGCAGAGUCUCAUCGUUCAGCAGACUUGUUGUAUCGUCAAACUCGACUCGAUCACCCAGCAGCAUUUUGUCCUCCUCUUUUGUGCUAUCCACAUAUUCCGAAAGCCACCUACGCCAAGCUUGUAUCACUUCCUUCACGACUGAUGGCCAGGGUCGUCACACCUACCCCAGCCGAAACCAGAGCCUUCGACCAAGCAAUGGCUGCUUUGAUAUCAAGUUUUUCGCGAAGCUAUGCCAUGGAUGCAGUAUGGGCUCGUUGGAACGGGAUUGAGAGCUGGCCACGCAUGCUAUCGAGAUACUUUGACGACAUGAUCAAAGCCACAAAUCCCUUGGCGCUGGUGCUGGUUGCGCACUGGUGUGUCCUUCUCUCAAUGCAGGAGGACCAUUACUUCUUCUUGCGCGGACAGUCCCAGCGAAUGCUGAAGAUCAUCAUGGAAAAUUUGAGCGUCGAUAUGCAAGAGUUUGUGGAAGAUUGCGUCUCCUCUUUGCUUUAAAUAUUCCAGACGGGUGGAACAGUCAGAGAUUCCCGUACUACCAAAUCCUACGAGCCAUUGUAUCAUGCUACACAAGCGCUCCGCAAAUGUCCACGGCGCCACUCAUCGAUGAUAAGCCUCUGGUCACAAAGUUCAACUUUCAGACAGCUUUUUCUUGAACAGUAUGCGCCUGCAGCUUUUUUGUCGUCAGAUGUUCCAACGGGGCGUCGACCUUGUAAUUCAUCGUCGUUCGCAGGUCCGCGAUAAACCAACAGGAGAUUGCCGCCACUACACCAAAUGGCGCGGCAAUGAUGAAAACAACUCUCAUGGAGUCGGCGUACGCCUGCUUGAGCGCUGCAGCACCGGCUUGAAUAAUCUGGGGAUUGAUGCCUUCGAUAUGAAGCAGAGUAGCUUCGUCUUUCGCCGCCAAAGCCGCCACAAAGGUCGAUAUGGAAGCCCCCGGAAGGCCAGCCUUGGCAGCCGCUUUGGCGACGUAGCUGGGCAAUUUCUCCUUCAGCUGAGUCGAGAAAGCUGUGACAUAGAUUGUGCUGAACACAGCUGCUGCCACAGAACGAGAUGAGACUGUGACAGCUGUGGCUGUAGCAAUGAGUUCAUGCGGCACAGACAAUUGUAUGCUGGCCAAAAUCAAAAUAAUCAAUGCUCCGAAGCCAAUGCCGGCAAGACUGGCAAAGAUGAGCGACUUUGUGUCGUCGUCCGGCUGAACGGUAGCAAGUCCGACAAUGCCUCCCGUAAAGAUCAGGAACCCUACAGCAAGAGGUUCCUUGGUCCUUCUGAGACGAGUACUGAUAAGGCCCCACACAGGUGUCGAAAAAAGGCAACCCAGCCAGUAAGGUUGCUGACGAGCGGCCUGCAAGAAAGGAUCCUCCUCGAACAAAGCUUGAUCCCUGCAGUAAUCAGUCAUGUCUGCUCGCGAGCCAUCGAAAGACACACUUACAUGAUCGGGUAAAAGACAACAUAAGAGAAGAGCAUGACCCCUUCAACGAAGAUGAGCCAAACACCAAUGGCGAAAGUUGGGCCUGUGCCGUCUUUGCCACGGAACAGGUCGUGGUGCAGAAAUCCUGUCGAGGUACCUUUCCAUUCAUACAGUCCAAAGCAUACCAUGAUUACGAGACCAGUCACCAUUGUACCGACGACGCGUGCACUGGUCCAGGGGUAUUCGAACCCCCCAAGGUACAGCCCGACGAGGAACAGGCUCAAGCCCGUUGCAAAAAGUGCAUAUCCAAGGAGAUCGAGGUGACCUAUCUUUUCCCAAAUGGUAAGAUGAUCGAGUCGCGUGUGUCUUCUCGGUGGCCGGUAACAGACUAGGAUACCCAGCCCGCUGGCACCCCACAGCCCCAUUUCAAUCCACUGAUGAUAUCUAUUAGCAUUUCGCAAGCCACGGUGAGGACGAAUCAACUCACCCAGAAUUUACGCCAGCCAUCAACCCGAUCUGCCCUGGUAAGAGCACCGAUGAUCAAGGGUCCUGAGCAGGAGGCCAGUGCGGCUGCUAUGUUGAUCCAUACCUGUCCCACUGCAUGGCCAUCAGUAACAGCUUCCUCGAAUGCAUCUUGUCGUCUGACUUACUUGGUCUCCAUCUCCUCGGCAAUAUCUCACUCGGAAUCGCAUAACCCAGUGGGGCCGCAGAGAAUCCAAAGGAUAUCAGUAUUUGCGCGCCAAUAAGCCUAUAUAUGGUUUGCGAGCCAGGAGCAAUGGCGGCACCAAUAAAAGAAAGGAUGAUCAGGCCGACCAUAAGCGAUUUUCGGACCUGAAAGACAUCUGACACCGAGGAGAAGAGAGGCGCAAGGACCGCUUGAGGAAGGGUGAGCGAACUGAGCACCCACGUCUGCUUGUUCCCGGCGUUGAGACUCGCUCCAAUGUAUGAGACCUGAAACACUGGUUAGUACUACGGCCACAGCAACCUUCACUGGUACUACAUACCACCGCUGGAGGGCUGAGCAAAGUCAAGACAAUGACAUAGUUGUAAAGCCACAUCGCC